AUGCGCGAGCGCAUUUUUGCUGCUUUGGAUCGGCAUAAGCAAUUUUUGGAUGCAUAUGAUCCGGAAAGUAAACAAGGGCAUGUUCAAUCCAGGUUGGACAAGUUAGAGGCAUCUUGGAAGGAUUUUAACGAUUUGCAGGACGAAAUAUCUGAGCUAGAUGCGAAAGGCGAAGUAGAGGCGGAGACUAGUAAAGCAUACGUCGACUUCGAAGAGCAAUAUUAUGCGAUUCGGGCUGCUUUUUUGAGUAAAUUAGAACCUACUACACCAGCAGCAAAUUUGGAUAAUACUCUUGGUCGGAAUAAUGCUUCAUUGGGUGUGCACACAGGGUCUGCACUGAAAGGGGAGGCAGCUAAACUGAUCGAGUCUCUAACGAUCACAAACGGAAACUACAUAAUAGCAUGGGACACCAUCACCAAGCGGUACUCGAAUGAAUAUUUGCUGAAGAAGCGCCAUCUUCAGGCAUUGAUGGAAUUCCCGAGGAUCGAGAAGGAGUCGGCUGGGCGAAUACAUAGACUGGUGAACGAGUUCGAUCAACGGCUGAAGAUUUUGAAGCAGCUGGGCGAAAAGACGGAGCACUGGGGAGCGAUGAUCAUCCAUUGGAUGUGUUCAAAGCUGGAUGCGCAUACUCUGCAGCUAUGGGAGGAUCACGCUGCAUCGUUACGGGAACCUACAUUCGCGGUAUUGGUGGACUUUCUGGAGAAAAGAACGAGGGUUUUGGAAGCUGUGUUAUCCAACACCGGCUCUGCUCAUCCGAAGGCGGCGGCUAAACGAGAGCGCGUGACUGUACACACGUCUACGGAGGGCGGAAAAAGUGAUCCAACCUGCCAAUGUUGUGGUGAAUUGCAUUAUUUGGUACGGUGCGCAAAAUUCAAGGGUUUUGGACUAAAAGAAAAGUUGGACUUCGUCAACGGAAAACAGCUAUGCAGCAACUGCUUCAAAACGGGUGACUGGGUACGUGACUGCUCGUCAAAGUUUAGCUGCAAGACAUGUGGGAAGAAGCACAACACUUUGAUACAUCCGGGGUUUCAACCUGGUAAUGGAGGAGGCAGCAAUGGCAAAAGCGACGCAGCUAGGACGCACGUUGCAGCAGACACAGCGGAAGAAGAACAAAUCGAAGCAGCCGAAGGAGUCACAGUCGGAUCAUAUAGCGUUGGAACGAAAAAGGAAAUUUUGAGUUCCAAGGUGUUCCUUUCAACAGUGGUCGUGGCGAUACGGGAUCAAAAGGGUGGUACACAGCUAACCCGAGCGUUGCUGGAUAAUGGAUCGCAGAUCAAUCUGAUGUUUAAACGUCGAGCAAUAUGCGUUCUCAUAACAGGAGUUGGACAGUCGGAAUCGACGGCAAGACAUGCAGUGAAUACAACGGUUAAGUCCAGAGUCACAGAUUUCUCUAUUGAAUUGGAUUUCCUGGUUUUGCAGCGAGUGACACCUGAACUUCCUUCGGUUACGAUUCCUAUCAAGCAUUGGAAUAUUCCUCAUGACCUGCAGAUGGCGGAUCCACAAUUCAACAUAAGCGGCCGCAUUGAUUUGCUACUAGGAGCGGAACAUUUCUUCAGUUUCCUGCGCGAUAGAGAGGUGAAAAGAAUGGUGUUGGGUCCAAAGCUGCCAAUACUCGUGGAUUCGGUAUUCGGGUGGAUUGUAUCCGGACGUGAUGAAAGUCUACAGCAGAAACAGUCAGUUCGAUGUUGCACGGCAGUCACCCCUAUCGAGAGAAUGGAAGAUCUAUUGGAGAAGUUCUGGAGAGUAGAAAGCUGUGACGACCGACCUGCAUGGUCAAAGGAGGAACAAGACUGCGAGGAGCAUUUCAAGAGUACGCAUUCCAGAGCAGAAGAUGGCCGGUAUAUCGUGCAGCUGCCGAAACAAAAUAGCUGGAACCGGAUGUUGGGAGAAUCACGAGCAACGGCGUUGGACAGGUACAAGAAAUUGGAGAAUCGGUUGGAACGGCACCCGGAUAUGAAGGAACCAUACCACGCUUUCAUGAAGGAGUACGUGGACAUGCGGCACAUGCGAAGGCUAACGACAACGGAACUGCAGGCAGAGGCCAACGGAGUAGGUCAACGGAAGGUGUUUUAUUUGCCGCACCACGCGGUGAUAAAAGAAUCAAGCACAACUACAAAAGUGCGCGUCGUAUUUGACGCAUCGGCACGUACAGACAGCGGAUACUCCCUCAACGAUGUUCUUUUGAAGGGACCUGCAAUUCAGGAUGAUCUGCUAAAUCUCCUGAUACGCUUCCGCAAGCAUGAAGUGGCGCUUGUGGGAGAUGUGGAAAAAUGUAUCGGCAGAUGUUUACGAGUUACUGACCUAACGUAUGGGCUUACACUGUCAUCUUUUCUGGCAACCCGGGCACUACAACAGCUGCCUGAAGAUGAAGGAGUUGAAGGUACUAAAGCUCGCCUAGCGCUACAAAAGGAUUUUUACGUCGACGACUAUAUUGGAGGAUCCGCAAAUGUCGUUGCAACCAUCGAGCUUAGAAAAAAUUUGACAUCCUUGAUGGCCAAAGGAGGAUUUCCAAUCCGGAAAUGGUGCUCGAAUCAGCCUGAAGUCCUAUCCGGUAUUCCUGAGGACCAGUUGGACUACGUCGACGUACAGCUCCACUGUUUUGCUGACGCCUCCGAUCUUGCGUACGGAGCCUGCUUAUAUGUGCGUUCCAUGGAUCAACAGGGCAACGUACGCAUUGAGCUUUUGUCCUCGAAAUCUCGGGUCGCUCCCUUAAAACGAUUGACGAUCCCGAGAUUAGAACUAUGCGCAGCUAGAGAAGCUGCGCAUCUAUAUCAGACAGUUAUUGGGGCCCUCGCACUAGAUAGAGUGCAGGCAUUUUUCUGGUCGAACUCAACUGUUGUUCUGCAUUGGUUGAAAGCUCCGCCAAAUUCGUGGAAAACUUUCAUAGCAAACCGUGUUUCGACUAUACAAACAACCACCUAUGGACACCCAUGGCUACAUGUAUCCGGUAAGGAGAAUCCCGCAGAUCUGGUUUCACGUGGAAUGACCAUUGAGGAUUUCUUGGAAAGUGAUCGUUGGAAGCACGGACCGUCAUGGUUGAAGCUGGCGCCGAAAGAAUGGCUGACGGAAUGUCCUGGAUCCGUACCUGACGAAAUCCAUUCAGAUAAUGCUACAAAUUUCCAAGGCUCUAAACACGAAUUGUACGAGCUGUACAAGAGCCUCAACAGCAAAGCUGCCCAAGAAACUAUUGGAUCUGAAAUGUCACAGCAAGGAAUAUCCUGGCAUUUAAUUCCACUCCGUGCCCCCAAUUUCGGUGGAUUGUGGGAGGCAGCAGUACGCUCCGCCAAAAGUUGCCUGAAAAAGGAAGUCGCCAUACCCACUAACCGCUUAGCCCACUAUCAGCAACGGCAGCAGAUGUUCCAACGAUACUGGCAGCGUUGGAGUCAAGAGUACAUCACUGGACUUCAGGAAGCAAGUAAGAACCGUCUACCAAGCACCAUCCGUGUAGGCAGCAUCGUGAUUCUUCGGGAGGACAACUUACCACCACUUCAAUGGCCCCUAGCGAGGAUAACCGAGGUUCACCCUGGCGCAGACGGAGUUAUACGAGUGAUGACAAUCAAGACGUCUAAAGGGACCUACAGGCGUCCAGCAAACCGCAUCUGCCCGUUACCCACCGAGGAUUCUGCCGAUAUUAAUUGA